AAACAUAAACAUUGUUUACUGGCACAUCACAUCCGUCGCUUCUCCGCCCCCGACGCUGCUACCGCUCCCCCGAUACGACCCUGCGACGUACGGAUAUCCCAAAAGACGAACCCCGAUCGCCACUAUCGACAACCUCGUCGAACACCUCGAUCGCAGCGCCCGCGAUAUUUUCUUGGGCCUCUUCUCGACCUUCCCGACGCCGCAGUACCCAACGUUGCAAAUAGAUUCGGACGAACCCCGAUCCACCCAUCAAUUGACCUUGGGUCGCCCAUCCUUUCCCCUACGACCCCCCCGCCCGAUUCACAACCACAACCGCAGCGAUGGCAGCAGCAAAUCCCACCAACGUUAUUCGGAGGAAACUCGUCAUUGUAGGGGACGGUGCUUGCGGAAAGACUAGUUUGCUUAGCGUCUUCACACUUGGAUAUUUCCCUACCCACUACAUUCCUACCGUCUUCGAGAACUACGUGACAGACUGCAGAGUAGAUGGAAAGUCGGUGCAGCUUGCGCUAUGGGAUACCGCCGGACAGGAGGACUACGAACGGCUACGUCCCCUGGCCUACUCCAAGGCUCAUGUCAUCCUCGUCGGCUUCUCCAUCGAUACGCCUGAUUCCCUCGACAACGUAAAGCACAAGUGGGUGGAGGAGGUUACGCGACUCUGCGAAGGCGUCCCCAUCAUUCUUGUUGGCUUGAAGAAGGAUCUCCGCGAAGAUCCCGUGGCAAUUGAGGAAAUGCGAAAGAAGUCGAUGCGCUUCGUCACACAUCAAGAGGGCGAUGCUGCUGCCAAGGAGAUUGGCGCACGGAAAUACCUUGAAUGCUCCAGUCUGAGCGGCGAGGGUGUCGACGAUGUCUUUGAGGCCGCUACUCGUGCUGCCUUGUUGACCUUUGAGAAGGGCGAGGGAGGCGGCUGCUGCGUUAUUCUGUGAAGGAAGCUACCCCCGUCAUUCUCUAUUCUGCCUUUCGACCGACAAUGAGUGCAGGCACGACACAGCGAACUGAGGAGACCUGGGCGAAAUUUGCGGAAGUGAUCAGGCUGGAUCACAUAACCAUGAGAAUGCAAGCCACUGCAAAAACCACGCCGGU